GUUAGUUUGACAGUGGUGCGUAGAGUUGUGGAUAAUGUAGUUGUUCAUAUGUUUUAGUUGUCCCACGCAAAUAUUAGAAAUGUGUUGUUCCGAUCAGAUGAUCUGUCAUUGUACCAAUGAUAGAGUUCAUUAAUAAUAGGUUCGCACCACAUCCAGAAAUGAACGAAAAAUUAGAAGAAUUAUGGUCAUUUAAUUGGUCUCCUACCCUGUGCACCAUUUGCACAUUUUUGAACUUCUGUUAAUAAUUACUGACUUUAACAGAUAUUGCCUUCUGAUUUGGUUCCAAGCAAGUGAGAUGAUGGAUGUUAUAUUUCGAACACAAGGCCGCUUGGAUAACAAGUGGCUUAAAACUGACCUACAACAAGCAUUUACUCCCGAAGGUCUCUCCCAGCUGUGGAAUGAGCUCAUUAAGGAUGGUGAGGUGGCUGGCUCUUUCAGUGAUGGACUGCUCAACUCUGUUGGUGUCAUGGCUAGAAAAGGUGAGAGUGGUCAUUAUUAUUGUGGUUUGCGAGUGCUUACUUGUGCUUGCUGUGAUGGUGUUUGUGGACCUCAAAGUGGAUGUAACUGUGGAGCUUGCCAACAACUUGAUCAAGAAAUGGCAUCUCUUGAAGAAAACAAGCUCUCAGAACCACCUCCAUCCCAGCCACAGCUUGACAGAUGGGUGUGGGGUCCUCAGCCAAAAACAGAACAGCUCUACAGCUGCUUAGAAUCCUUAAUAUUUGAGCAGAAAAGGCUUUGUCACGAGGCUGCCAGCAGUACCCUUUCCGCUGUCAGAUUAAGACAAAGGCUAAUGGUGGCUAAGAGGUACUUUGUAGCUCUCACAAGACAUAGUCCAUCAGAAAACAUGAGACCUGUACACAAAGGAGUGUCACAUGGACUGAAAAAGGAUGUACGUUCCAGGACUGGAGAAAAGGCAACUAUAAGCUUGGCAAGGGUUGGUUCCAGAGCUGCACUUAACUUUUCUUUUGCAUUUCUAAGAAGAGCAUGGAGAUCAGGUGAAGAAGCUGAUGUCUGCAGCGAGUUAUUGAGUGAAUCUCUUGAGGCUCUUCAGUCCUUAUCUGAAGCUACCCUGUUUGAUGAAAGUUCAGUUUCACCAGUAUGGUUAGAAGUUCUGGAGUUGUCAGCAAAGUUUUUGCGUCAAGUUGUUCUUGGAGAUAUGAACAGAGGCCGUGGUUGGGAUGUAGUUCCCCUUGCAGACCGUCACACAGCUCUUGGUUUACUUUUGGAAUUAGCUAUUCAGAGAGGAACAUUAAGUUAUAUGUUAGAUGCUAUAUUGUUAUUGCUGCAUCUGUGGGAAAAGGGAAAAUAUCAGGAUGAUAAUAGGGCAGUAUCUUCAGGGACAAGUGCACCCUUAGUUCCUCUACUUCGAAGAUUUGAAUCCAUACCUUCUAAACCUACUUCAAAAGCAGUCUCCUGGGACGAAAAUUUACAGGCAGGAGUGAGUCCAACUGAAUGUUUCUUACGGUACUUGGACAUACCAGAUGACGAUGAUUGCGCAUUAGUCGAUUUGAAAUUAAUUGCUGUUGCUCUAGUGGCUCAUUUGGACCGUCUUGCAUCUCCGUAUAUUCCACCAGCAAGCUUUACAAAGAAUAUGGGACAGUAUCAAGAAGUUCUAGCCUGGGGUUGGCUUGCAUGGGGCAGCGGUAGUGGCACAGCUAUGUCUCCCCAUUGCUGCCAGUGUAUUGGAGAACUAGGAGUGGUUCAGAUUUCAUGUGCUGAACGUUGCAUGCAUAUCCUUGCUAAUACAGGCAAGGUUUAUGUCCUGCAUUACAGUUCUGAAACUCAGUGCCCCCAGUUGGUUGAUGGAUUUGGAGAAAAGGACAUAAUGAAAUUGGCUGCUCAUCCAGAUGGGAAACAUUUUUUAUCUUUGACAAGUGACGGGAAUGUCUAUGCAUGGGGUUGUGGUGAUGAUGGACGCCUAGGUCUUGGUGAUACUAAUUCGAGAGAUGACCCAACAUUGAUCCAGGCACUUGUUGGCAAAACUGUUAUACAUAUUGCUUGUGGCAGCACAUACAGUGCUGCCAUUACUGUUGCUGGUGAACUGUACACAUGGGGAAGGGGAAAUUAUGGUCGACUUGGCCACGGUAGCUGUGAAGACCAGAAUGUACCAACAUUAGUAGCUGGCCUUAAAGGUCAUUAUGUUGUUGAUGUUGCGUGUGGCAGUGGAGAUGCACAAACACUUGCUGUUACGGACAAUGGCCUGGUGUUUUCCUGGGGUGAUGGUGAUUAUGGAAAAUUGGGGCGUGGUGGGAGUGAUGGCUCAAAGCUUCCAAAGCUUGUUGACAAGCUUCAAGAUGUUGAUGUUGUUAAAGUUUGUUGUGGUGCACAGUGUAGUCUUGCACUUACCAGAAGUGGAGCAGUUUACUCUUGGGGAAAAGGUGACACUUAUCGUCUGGGACAUGCCUCAGAAGAACAUAUUCGCUUUCCAAAAAUUGUGGAGGCACUGAAAGGGAAACGUGUGAUGUCACUUGCUGUUGGUGCAGGUCAUGUAUUAGCAUUGACAGAUGAGGGAGAAGUAUAUGGUUGGGGAAGAAAUGAUUAUGGUCAAGUUGAGGAGACGAAUGGAACAAGUAUUCUUGAACCAAUGCUUGUGACAUCCCUUCAAGGAAGAUCAAUUGUUGGCAUUGCUUGUGGCCCAAUACAGAGUUUUGCCUGGAGCAGUAGCAGUAACUGGACUGUUGGUGUAAGAGUUGAAUUUGUUGUGGACAUUUGUGAGGACACAUUCAAAAUGCUAGACCAACUUCUUGGUCUUGUUUGUGAUGGUAUGGCUGGAAAUAUUGAUUGGCCACCAUCACAUGAUAAAGAGUGCAUGGCUGUAGCCUGCUUAAAUCUCCUACGAUUACAGUUACAUGUGCUAAUUGGGCACAAUAUGGAUGUGGCAAGUGUUGGUCUUACAUCAGGAAGCAGUCUCUUAAUAAACUUGAAAGAGAAAGUGGUUCAGUUGGCUAGUAAUCGUGGAGUGCUGGGUUCUGUUCAGGCUGCAGCCCAGGCUGCAUUGCAAGUUGGCUGGAGUGCACUCCUUCCAACGGCUGAUGAAAGGGCCCGCACCCUUUCAUCACUGCUGCCUAAUUCAGUAACUGAUCCUUCUGAUACAAGCCCAGGUCAUCGCUUCAUGACAGAUCUUCUAGUAUCAAGCCUGAUGGCAGAUGGAGGACUUGAAACAGCUCUGAAAGCAGCAUUCAAAGCUGAAUUAAGUGAAGAACCAGAUGUAGAUAAACAAAAGUCACUUAUGUCAGAACAAGCUCUUGUUGAGGCUAGAUGCAAACAAGCAAAAGAUGCAGCACUGCAUGAGAAACAUAGUUCUGCUGUUCCCUUGCUGCAUCUCAUCAAAUUGCUGUUAAGAAAUGGAUCCUCAGCUACACAACUAAAACUGAAUUCACUGAACACAUUCACAUCUUCGUCCAGGAGUGAGUCAAGAGAGAAACAUGAGAGAUCACCUAGCCUGAAUUUGCUCUUGCGUUUUCAGAGGCUGCUGAUAUCUCAUAUUUAUUGCAGUAGUCAAGGAAAAUCUUUGAAUGAUGACCCAGAUACAGAUGUUUUGGGUGCUGAGUCUUUACUUUCAAAAUAUCUAUCUAUCUUGUGCAACCAUGUGAAUGACAUUCUUCCUUUGGCAUCAAGUUUGACAUCAAACAAUAAUAAACAUUUUCCACACAUAGCAUCUAUUCUAAAGGGUGACUUUGUUGAUGUUCUUCUUCCGGAGCUUCUGGUGUGCCUUAUCCUCCUCGAACUGGAAAUGCCAUUGCUUCUUCUGCAUGUAAACUGGACACAGACAUUAAUACCAUUACUAGAUACACUUGAUAAAUUUAAUCGGUUUACACCUGGGUUUGAUAAAGAAGAUGGAGAAGAUCUGUCCUGGCCAGGAAUAAUUGUUCCAGAAAAUUCUCUUACUGCACAGAGAUGUCAUGAGGAUCUAGCUCUUAUCAGAAAAGCUGACUUGGAAAACCAUAAUCGUGAUGGUGGCUUAUGGAUUGUCAUUGACAAAAAAGUGUAUGAUAUUCAGGAUUUUGGGUCUCUCUCUCAGUGUGGAAGCAACUUAUUUACAAAAUAUUCUGGCCGUGAUAUUACUCAAGCAAUUGAUUCAGUGUGUCAUUCGCAGUCAGCUAAGGAAGCCAUUUCAUCCUUCCUAAUUGGUUAUUACAUGGAACCUGACCAGGAGUUACUGCAGGUUUCUGACAUAAAUAAUGUUGUUUUACCAUUGAUGGAUGUAGAAAGAAGCGUCGGGUAUAUCCUCGGUCUUCAUGCCCACAGACUUUUCUUAAGCACACCACUGCAACCUGCAGAAGAUGAUGCUCAACGAUGGCUUAAUGCACCCUUUUUGAGAGCAGGACCGCAGGAUUUGCGUCCUUCUAAUCCAUAUGAGGAAGAAAAAGGAGAAGCGAGAAGCACUAGUUCUACAACUGUGACAACUCCCACAGAGUCUCAUAAUGUUUAUUGUGGGCUGCCACAUCACAAUAAAGAUCGAGCUUCUCACUUCCUACAAGCUCUUACAGAGAACAAACUCACGGAUCCUUAUGUGCAGACAUUUUUGGCCAUUGUGGAAUGUCAUUGUAAAAUUCAUCACCUCAUGAGUCAUGGUGAAUUUUCUCCAGAGCAUCCAGUGGAAGAAGUUGGAAGACUGCUGAUGGCAGUUCUAAUCAAGCAUCUGGGCAUCGAAUGUCAAGUUAUUGAUCUUAUAGAACAAGAUAUUGUGGGUGGCAGUGUACCUGUUCGGAUACCAAAGCAAAUUACAGAAAUGAUACGAACUGUUCACCAGACGAAAUGGAGUCUCAUCAAGAGGAGGCAAGAACUGAAUCGUUCCUACAAAGAAGUUUGCAUUCCUGUCCUGGAUAAAUGCAGAUUUUUGCUGCACGAAGUACGGGCUGCCAACAGCUAUGAAGUAACUAGUCUGUAUAAUCUUCAGCAUUUAUACACUGUACCAAGAUGGAAGAAAAUGGUAAAAAGAAUUAUUUCUGACCUUAGGAGAAAUAAACACAUGCCAAGUGCAAAACCGGAAGAUAUCUUGAAUGCAAGUAUACAGAGCCAAGGCAUGGAAGCGAAAUACAAAAGCAUUGACAACAGUGCAGAUACAAAUUUUAGCGCAGGAGAUGAAAAGAAAGACGAAGAUGUUGACAUUAUUGACUUGUGGGAGAAUUGUAAAAAUGCCUCUGCAAAGAAAACAGACAAACAACACACACUGCCCCAUUCUUCCAAAGCCACAAAACUUUCAAAAGCCAUAACAGAAUUCAUGUUGCAAGAGGAAGGCACAGAUGUGGAAACUCUGCGGAAAGCUCUGUUUUGCCAGGUCCAACGUGCAAGAAUGAGAACUAAAGGAAUUGAAAUGAUGUAUGAGCUGUUGAAAAGAGAUUAUUUAAUUCCUUCUGUCAAGUAUGCAAUGCUAAAUGGAUGGUUAGGCCUUUCAUAUAACAAGAAACGUCCCAGGGAUGAGCUUUCUCACUCCUUGCAUAACAUUCAACUUAUUUCACCACACCAGAAAAUGGAGAUACUGCAGGCUCAGUCAAAAAUAACAUCAUGGGCUGUGGCAGCUCUGCGUGAGCAUGUUCUCCUUGCUGAGCAGCCGCGACGUACAAACAAAUUCAAAGACAAGGGUACUUUAAAUGAAGGUCUAAGUAACUGGCUUCGCAAAGUCCCCUGGGCUAGGUUUUUGCUCACUGUUCUGGGUGUUCUAACUGGAAACCAUCAAGGAAAUGAAGUUAGUUUAAUUAUUAAUUCAGGGGUUCUGGCACUUCUUCAAGCAUUGCUGCGGCAGAUAGGCCCAGAAGUUCUCAAAAGUUACACAGAAGAAAGAGGGAGAGAUGUUUGUGCUGUUUUUGAAGAUGAUGUGCAGAAGUCAUCUGCUCCAUCUGUGGUCCUUAGUGGGCCAGAAUUAGCUAGUAUGAUGAAAGUUGGAACCAGAGUGGUUAGAGGAGUUGAUUGGAAAUGGGGUGACCAGGAUGGUCCUCCUCCAGGUGAAGGCCGAGUGAUAGGAGAACUUGGGGAAGAUGGGUGGAUUAGAGUUCAAUGGGAUAAUGGGUCUACUAAUUCUUAUCGUAUGGGAAAAGAAGGCAGAUAUGACCUGAAAUUAGCAGACCCUCCAACACCAGUUGAUACAGAAAGUGAUACAGAAACAAGUGAAGAUGCAUGCAAAACAGUAUUGAGGGUAACUGGCAAGGCAAUACAACCAACAAGACUUUUGAAGCAAGCAACCAUAACUCUGCUUAGAACAGUAGCAAUUUCUUGUGGAAUUGAAGGAAAUAAUGUGCAAGAAUCUGCAACCAGAAUACUGGCUUCUCUUUUGAGGGACAUUGUACUGCUUGGCAACAGAAUGUCAGAGACACCAACACAGCCUCAGCUCCUCGCUGUCACGCAUUACUCGGAAUGGGCAUCAUUGGGUUUCGUUCGUGCUAUUGCAGUGUCAAAUUCCAUGUGCUUAGCUCUCAGCUCACCACCUUGGAUAAGCCUUCUGCUGUCCAUAGCAGGAGCGCAGGACAGAAGCAUCACCGUGACUUUGCAUAAACAGAUCCUAGCCUUAAGAACACUUCAAGCUGUAUUACCUGCAUGGGAUACCACCAUUCCACAGAAAAAAGCAGCAGUGCUUGACAAAUUAUUCCGCCUGUUGGGUUCUACUGCUCUUCUGUGUCCAAAAGAUCCUGUUCUUCAGGACAUUGAGUCUGGACGUGGAACCCAACAAACCAAAAUAAGAGUUCCAUUGACUGCAUCUUAUUCAAGCACAGUUGCUGAAGAGUGCAUAUUACUACUUCGUAUGUUGCAUGGUCUGCCACAGUGGAAUCAGUCAGUGAACAACAUGCUUUUGAACAAGUUGACAGUUGCAGGGGAGAUGCUUACAGAAGGCACACUUUUCCAUUAUCAGGUUAACGAUGGUACGAAAUCAGAAUCCUGCAACAGUGCACAGCUGUCUGCAAUGUCAUCACUUUCUGUUGUCGGUGGAAUUGAUAAACGGGCAAGGAUAGGAGGCCAAGUAACGGUGGAAGGUGUUGGACAAGGUACCCUUUGCCAGAUUAGUCAACAUAGUAAACUGAUUAUCCAGUUGCGAGAAAGUGGUGAACUGAAAAAAUUUUCUCUGGCAAAUGUCUCACCUAGGCCAGUAAUGGCAUUCUCUAUGGAUAAAGUGAUGACUACAGAAGAAAUAUUUAAAAUGUGGGCCAAACUUUUUACACUGACUGCUUGCCAAAAUGACAAAACAAAAUUUAUCUUAAUUUCUCUAGAAUCACUGGAAGUUGGUUUGCUGAGGACACAACAGCUCCAGCUGGCAGCCCUCAAUGCUUGUGCAGAGUUGUUCAGGCAUCAGACGUUGUUACGCCGUGCUUUAAAACACCAUUCUUUAGAAACGUCUUGUCUUGAGGCCUUAAAUGAAGAGGAAGAUAUUGAUUUUGACAUUGACCCAGAUGCAGAAACUCUUCUAAUUCAAAAACUCAUAGUUAAAGCUACACAGCCAUCACCUGUGAAAGCUUCCUAUACAAAAUCAGAUUUACAGAUAGCUGCUUUGAAUGUGAGUCAGUUCCUGGCCAAUGAGGCAGAAAAACAUAUACGAAAUCCAUGUGACAGCAUUAGUACGAGGAAUGAAACUGCAAGUAAUAAAGUUGCUUCAAAGAAAGUCCAUCUACCUUCUCCUUCUCUGUCACCAACUGUUGGACAGCUUACAGAAAUGGGUUUUCCCAGACGGAAUGUUGAAUGUGCUAUAAAGGCAUUAGGUUUGACCAGUGAAGUCCCUCCAAGUCCUGAAACAGUUGUUGGCUGGCUUCUUGAACAUCCAUCUCACACAUUGGUUGAAUCGGAUUCUGACUCUUCUUUUAAUGAGAUGUCAUCAGAUUCUGACACUGCAUCAGAAAAUUUAGGAUCAGGUGUGGUGUCUGGUGCACCAGAUGUUACAUCAACAACUGGCUAUAAUCAACGAGCAGAUUUUCUAACAAAUGAUGAGUAUGCCAUGUAUGUACGUGAUAACAUAACAGAAGGCAUGCUUGUGCGUUGCUGUAAAAGUUAUGAGGAGGUCCAUGAAGGUGAUGUGGGGACUGUUUUGAAGGUAGCAUAUGAUGGCCUUCAUGAUUUAAAUGUUCAGGUUGAUUGGCAAAAUAUGGGAAGCCCAUACUGGGUUCGUUUUAUACACGUGGAACUUAUAGGAUUUCUUCCAUUCCUAUCUCCACCUCCACCAGUGAAAGUUGGGGAUAGAGUUAAAGUCAAGCAGUCUGUCAGGACUCCAAAGUAUAAAUGGGGGUCAGUGACUCAUGGCUCAGUUGGAAUUGUCACAAGUGUUAGUAGUAAUGGAAGAGAAAUCAGUGUUGACUUUCCACAACAAAGCGACUGGACGGGUGUUAUAUCAGAGAUGGAAGUUGUUUCAAGCAGUCACCCAACUGUAUCAUGUGAUAACUGCCGAGCUUUUCCGAUCACUGGCCAUCGUUACAAGUGCAAGACUUGUGAACAUUUUAAUUAUUGUGAAAAUUGUUUCUUCACAAAGAGAGGUCAUCGCCAUUUCUUCAAUUGCAUCUAUGAACCUGGGAGUGCUCCAAUAUUUGCUGGAAAACCUGGUAAAUAUUAUCAUCGUGAUGAAAUUUUAAACCCUGGCCUUGUUCAGGAUUGGGCUCAUUGUAUAAAGACUCUGAAAGUAUCUUCAAGAGAGGCAUGCGCACGUCAUCUUGUGGAUGGCUCUGAUAAUUAUUGGCAGAGCUGUGGAUCUCAGGGAAAGCACUGGAUCAGGUUAGAAAUGCAACCCAAUAUUUUAAUUGAGUCGUUGAAAAUGGUGGUGGAAAUGGCUGACAAAAGCUAUAUGCCUUCAUUGGUUGUAGUGUCAGGAGGAGAUACCUUCUUGUCCAUGACAGAGCUAAAUACAGUGAAUAUUCGUAACACAGAUAGAAUUGUUACUUUGUUGUCUCACUUGAAAGUUUAUUAUGCAUGCAUUGAAAUAGCAGUCAAACAGUGCAGAAAUGGUGGCAUUGAUUGCAAAAUUCAUGCAUUAAAUAUCAUUGGUAAAAGGGCUUCAUCUAAAGGAAGUUCAACCAAAUCAAGAAGUAUGUCUUUCCUUGUAUCAGACAGUGAAGAAUUCCAGGAUUCUAGAACCUUUACAGGUAUAAACAGAAACCAGCAGGGCUACUCAUCUUCGGCUGACCUGCAAACAAAAGUUUAUGUUUGGGGCUUGAACGAUAAGGACCAGCUUGGUGGUCUUGCUGGUUCUAAAGUCAAACUGCCAACAUUCUCUGAAGCAUUGUCUUCUCUCAAACCAAUUCACAUUGCUGGUGGUUCAAAGUCGCUUUUUGUAGUUUCUCUAGAUGGCAAGUUAUAUGCAUGUGGUGAGGGUACAAAUGGCCGACUGGGAUUGGGACACACUGGCAAUGUGUCUUCACCACGCCUAGUUACAGGACUCAGCCAAUAUGUUAUCAAGAAGGUUGCUGUUCAUUCUGGCGGUAAACAUGCUAUGGCUCUCACUCUUGAUGGAAAGGUGUUCUCCUGGGGCGAAGGAGAAGAUGGCAAACUAGGACAUGGAAACAAACUGACAUUGGACAAACCUCAUCUCAUUAAAAGGUUGAAAUCAAAGAGAAUCCGUGAUAUAGCAUGUGGAAGCUCUCACAGUGCAGCGAUAACUUCAAAUGGAGAAUUGUAUACCUGGGGGUUAGGAGAAUAUGGUCGACUGGGACACGGAGAUAAUGUCACUCAGUUGAAACCAAAAGUGGUGUCAGCCCUCCUUGGACAUCAUAUUGUGCAGGUUGCCUGUGGAAGCAGAGAUGCACAAACAUUGGCUUUAUCUGAUGAAGGCCUUGUUUUUUCUUGGGGUGAUGGAGAUUUUGGAAAGCUUGGACGGGGUGGAAGUGAGGGGUGUAAUGUACCACGGAAUAUAGAGCGUUUAAAUAAUAUGGGUGUAAUACAAAUUGAAUGUGGUGCUCAAUUUUCCUUGGCAUUAUCAAAGUAUGGCCAGGUUUGGACCUGGGGUAAAGGUGAUUAUUAUCGCUUAGGUCAUGCUGUGGAACAGCAUGUCAGGAAACCUACAUUAGUGGAGGGCUUAAGAGGAAAAAAAAUUGUGCAUGUUGCUGUUGGAGCAUUGCAUUGCUUGGCAGUGACUGAUACCGGAGCUGUAUAUGCAUGGGGAGACAAUGAUCAUGGUCAGCAAGGUAACGGAACAACUGUAGUAAACAGGAAACCUGCAUUAGUUCAUGGUCUCGAAGACAUUCGUAUUAAUCGAGUUGCUUGCGGUUCUUCACAUUCUGUGGCUUGGACAACAUUUGAUACACAAGUUCCAGAUCUCCAUGAACCUGUUCUGUUUCUUUCAUCAAGUGAUCCGCUUGGAGCCUCCAUGCUUGGUCUCUUUGAAAGUACCACUGAAGAUAAAACUCAGUCAACACAGUCUCCUAAUGGUCAGUCAAAAACACCACAGACAUCAUUGUCCAACAUAAUAUUAUCACUUGGCUCCCGCUCAGCUAAACAACAAGCUCUACAGCAUGUUCUUAAUGCUCUCCACAUUCUUCAAGCUAGAGAUGCUGUUGUUGCUGCCCUGUCAAGCCACACAAACAUUUUAGGAUAUGGCUCACCUGGCAAUGUUGGUGAUGUGCAGACCCCAGAGACACCAGCAGAAGGAAUUGUGAGCCAGGUUUCACCAAAUAUUCAUUUUGAUGAUGGUGUGGAGAUAGCUCAAGGUGGAGGAGAAGCGCCAGCAUCUGUCACUGAAGCAGUUGGCUUUAGUUCUCACACAACACCAGAAAGUGAGCAAAGUCCUGUUGCUGCCUUUCCAUCACUUUCAGCAUCUGUCAGUGUUUCAUCAAGAGCCUCAAAGAUGUCUGCAAGUGCCAUGAGUGUAAUUGCUGUCACUAUGACAUCAAAUGCCCAGGUUGUUGGCCAUACAGAAGAGGAAGAAGGUGGACGUCCACGUCUAGAUGAAUUUACUCGUCUCUUAGGACAGGAUGAUGCUCGUGUUCUUGUCGAUUUGCUGAAAUUAGCUGUUGCAGGGAGAGCAGGCCCCUCAGCAAAAGAAACAUUAUCAUCUGUGCUUGUUGCAAUGGGAUUGGCAUAUGCAGAUAUUUGUGACAUGCUACUGGAACUGUGUGUUACUGAAUUGGAAGAUGUAGCAAGUAACACAUUUUCAUUACAUAUGGCUCCAAAACCAGUUGUUCAAGAAAGCAGUCAUCCAUAUAUUGAUGAUGCUACACUUACAGGACAUGUAAAGAUACCAGGUGCCAAAGGCCUGCGUGUGGAAUUUGACAGAAAGUGUUCCACAGAAAGAAGACAUGAUCCUCUAACAAUAAUGGAUGGAACUGGAAAGACAGUUGCAGUACGCUCAGGACGCGAAUGGAGUGACUGGUCACCAGAAAUUAGAAUAACAGGUGAUGAACUUAGAUGGAAAUUCUCAAGUGAUGGCUCAGUCAAUGGUUGGGGAUGGAGAUUUACCGUGUACCCUGUUGUAUCAUAUGUUGGCCCCAGUGAAUUGGGCUCAGAUCGUGCAGUUCUUUCACAGCCGUCUGUGGAACUUGUUAUGUGCUUGCUGGAUGCGAGACUACUUAUGAACUCUGACCUCAAUCUUGUAACAAGAUUAGCAGCUGCAUUAGCAUCGUGUGCUCAACUUAGCACACUUUCUGCUUCGCAAAGAAUGUGGGCAUUGCAGCGUCUUCGCCGACUGCUGGUGACUCGAUUGGGACGAACUCUGGAUGUGGGAGCACUUUUAAGAGCUGAACAAGGACUUCUUGCAGAUUCUGCUCUACUGACUUUAGUACGGGGUCUUCCACAGGCACUUUUGAGACAAUAUGAAUAUGAAGAUCCAGCUGUUAGAGGUGGAAAGCACCUCAUGCACAGUGAUUUCUUUAAGGUGUUGGUUGCACUAGCAUGUGACCUGAAUCUGGAUUCUUUGCCUUGUUGCUCUGUGAAUCACAAAUGGUCAUGGUUUAGGCGAUACUGCAUGGCUUACAGAGUGGCUUCAGCACUUGUAAAUCGCACUUCUCUUCCUCAGAGCUUUUGUACAGAGGUGAGGAAAAAAAUCACAGAAAUACUUCCAGAUGGUGAUUCACAGGUUUGGGAACAUGAGAAUCAUGAAAUUUUCAAGCAAGAACAUGAUGAGCAAUUGCUACUGUGGUUGCACAGGAGACCUGAAGACUGGACACUCUCAUGCAGUGGUAGUGGGACAAUUUAUGGCUGGGGACAUAAUCAUCGAGGACAGCUUGGGGGCGUUGAAGGAGCAAAGGUGAAAUUACCUACACCAUGUGAGGCCUUAUCAGCACUUCGACCAGUUCAGCUUCUUGGUGGAGAACAGACACUUUUUGCUGUCACUGCAGAUGGGAAAGUACAUGCCACAGGCUAUGGUGCUGGUGGCAGAUUGGGAAUUGGUGGGACAGAUUCCGUAACAACUCCUACACUUCUUGAAUCUAUCCAACAUGUUUUUAUAAAAAAGGUAGCAGUUAACUCAGGUGGAAAGCACUGCCUUGCACUGUCAGCUGAAGGUGAAGUGUAUUCGUGGGGAGAAGGAGAUGAUGGAAAGCUUGGACAUGGUAACAGAAGCUCAUGUGAUCGACCAAGAGUGGUUGAAGCCUUGAGAGGGAAGGAAAUAGUAGAUAUAGCAUGUGGUGGGGCUCACUCUGCUGCUAUAACAAGUCGUCGUGAAGUGUACACGUGGGGGAAGGGCCGUUAUGGUCGCUUGGGUCAUGGAGACAGUGAAGACCAGCUAAAACCAAAAUUGGUUGAAUCUUUAGUGGGAUAUAAUGUCACUGACAUUGCUUGUGGUAGUGGUGAUGCACAGACACUUUGCAUAACUGAUGACGACAAUGUGUGGUCCUGGGGAGAUGGUGACUAUGGUAAACUCGGCCGUGGUGGUUCUGACGGCUGCAAGGUUCCCAUGAAGAUUGAAUCAUUGGCAGGUCUUGGGGUUAUUAAAGUGGAAUGUGGUUCACAGUUUUCUGUAGCUCUAACCCGUUCAGGGAGUGUUUACACAUGGGGGAAGGGAGAUUACCACCGUUUAGGUCAUGGGACUGAUGACCAUGUAAGAAGACCUCGAAAGGUUGCAUCACUACAGGGCAAGAAGAUAAUUUGUAUUGCAACAGGUUCAUUACACUGUGUUGCAUGUAGUGACCAAGGUGAAGUCUACACCUGGGGAGAUAAUGACGAGGGACAGCUGGGUGAUGGUACAACAAAUGCUAUCCAGAGGCCAAGACUUGUUGUCGCAUUGCAGGCAAAGAAGAUUACCCAGGUUGCUUGCGGAUCUGCACAUACUUUAGCUUGGAGUACAAACAAACCAGUUUCAGCCAGCCGACUUCCACAAGGAACACCACUGGAAUACGAUUUAGUGAGAGAUUUGCCACUUCCUGUGCUUCGGAACAGGCUUUUACUACUUCAUCAUUUCUCAGAAUUGUUUUGCCCUGUUGUUGCAAUGUUUCCUGUUGAUGGUGAAGGCAGUCUUGACAAACUAAGAGGAAUAUUAGUGUCUUCAACCAAAGAAGCAACAUUUAGAAAGGUUGUGCAAGCAACAAUGGUUCGAGACCGACAACAUGGUCCUGUUAUUGAACUGAAUCGUAUACAAGUAAAGAGAUCACGGAGUAAAGGUGGACUUGCAGGAACUGAUGGAAUAAAAUCUGUAUUUGGCCAGAUGGUAACAAAGAUGUCACUGUUGACACAAGAAGCAUUGUUCUUACCACACCGAGUGUGGAAAGUUAAAUUUGUUGGGGAAAGUGUAGAUGAUUGUGGAGGAGGCUACAGUGAAAGCAUUACUGAGAUGUGUGAAGAACUUCAAAAUGGGUGUCUUCCAUUAUUGAUUGUUACACCCAAUGGCCGAGAUGAUACAGGAACAAAUCGUGACUGUUUUCUCUUGAACCCUACCUUGAAAUCACCACUCCACAUGAAUAUGUUCAGAUUCCUGGGUAUUCUAAUGGGAAUUGCUAUCAGGACAGGUAGCCCCUUAAGCCUGAACCUUGCAGAAGCUGUAUGGAAGCAGUUAGCUGGAAUGACCUUAACACCAGCUGAUCUUACAGAGGUGGAUAGAGAUUAUGUCCCAGGAUUGCUUUGCAUACGAGAUAUGGAACCAGAUGCAAAAGUAUUUCAGACUUUAGAGAUGCCAUUUUCAACACCUUCAGCUUCAGGAAUUGAAAUUCCUCUUUCCACAAGAUACAAAAGAAUUAUGCCUGAAAAUCGACUGGAAUAUGUUCGCCUAGCACUCAAUUACAGAUUACACGAAUUUGAUGAGCAGGUAAAGGCUGUCCGUGAAGGAAUGGCAAAAGUAAUUCCUGUUCCAUUGUUGUCACUAUUCAGUGGUUAUGAGCUGGAAACUAUGGUCUGUGGUUCUCCUGACAUCCCUCUAACACUUCUGAAAUCUGUAGCUACUUACAAAGGUGAAGAUGCUAAUUCACUACUGAUACAGUGGUUCUGGGAGGUUAUGGAAGAAUUCACGAAUCAAGAACGCUCUCUUUUCUUACGUUUUGUUUGGGGUAGGACGAGGCUUCCUCGAACAAUUGCUGAUUUCAGAGGACGAGAUUUUGUGCUACAGGUUCUGGAUAAAUAUAAUCCACCAGACCAUUUUCUGCCAGAAAGCUACACCUGUUUCUUUCUGUUGAAAAUGCCUCGAUACUCAUGUAAGGCUGUGCUACGGGAAAAAUUAAAAUAUGCCAUCCAUUUCUGCAAAUCUAUAGACACUGAUGAAUAUGCAAGAGUCGCCAUGCCAAGCAGUGGUGCUGGCUCAAGUAAUUGUGACAGUGAUGAACUGGACAGCAUUGCAAGUGAUGGACCAGAGUCUGUAUGACCACAGAACUGUAGGCUGUAAUUAUGUUAUAUAUGUAAUUUUGUUAAAAGAAAUAGUUUGACAGCAAUGUGUCAUCUUCGUUUCCCUUUUUUUACAUGAUCAAAAGAUACAAAUAUUAUGUUUUAAAAAAAUUAUACUUAAAGCAGUACAAGGAUCUGUUAUUUCUGUACAGACACUGUACUGACUUUUUUCCUGUGAUAUAAUGUAUAAGCUUCAUGUUAUCUUUUUAUCUGUCAUCAUAUUUCAGUAAGUCUUUACUCUUGGUAUUUUUAUUUUCUUUUGCUUGAAAGUAUUGUUGUAUUUACAAGAACGCCAGUCAGUAUUAAACUUUAAAGGAUAUGUGAUCACCAUUUACCUCCAAAAAUAAGUAAAAACACCAGGUAGGGUUAGUGAAAAAGUGAAAUUUCAGAGCUUUGGAUUUUGUACAAGGGUUAUCAGAGAAAAGUUUAAAAGUACAAAAUUUCCUGCAUUGAGGCACAACUACAUUAGUGGUAUUACAUGAUAUGCAAGGAGUGACAAAUGGCUAUUGAGAGGCAGCACAGUUUGAAAAGGGUAUUCACCAGUCAUACAUUGUUUACCGUGAAUGUCAUCAUGAGUAGGAACCUUCAAGGAUAUGGGAUGAGCAAAAUUAUACAUAAAUUGGAAGAAGUUUCUCCUGCAGACUAUUUGGCAGACUGUGAAUUUAUGAGAAAAGCAUGAGAGUAUACAGUGAAGAGGUACUGUGUAUCUAGAAUAACCUAUAAAUGAAUAAUUUGAAAGAAAAUUAAAGACCAAAUAUGAUUGCUGAAACAGAGAGAAAGAAACAGGACCAAAAAUAAAGAGUGACAUACAAUCAGUAUAGCAAAUGACAAAAAAUAUUUGUGAAUGUUUGGAGGCUAACCAUAAACGAAUGAAAAGAAAAUGUAGACGAACUGGAGGAGGAGGAGCAGGAGAAGAAGAAGAAGAAGAAGAAGAAGAAGAAGAACACUGAUGAUUACUACACUACUGAUGAAAGAAAACAAGCUUAUAGUAAUACUACUACAGUUCAUUGACAUGUUAACUCCCUGUAAUUUAUCCUGCCAUCUAAGAUAUCCACUAUUUUAGUUGUGCCUCAGACCUUUCUUUUCAAGAAGUAAGAGUACCUCUUUUAAAAAGAAAGUGCAAAAUGUUUCCUUCAGUUUUAUGUACCCUACUCAUCACUGUUAUUAGCUUUUCAAGGCUAAUGGUGACCCAGCAUUCCUAGAAAGACAGGUAUCUCUGUUCACUUUCUUGUUUUCUAUCAGUAUUAAGUUGGACUAUUAAACUUCAGUUUUUUACGCUUGUACUAUACCAUUGUAAAUAUAUUUAAUGUUAAGUUAUGCACAUGUUCCUAAUUCUUAAUAUUUUUACCGUCUAUAAAUUUUGGAAUGUGAUAUCUUACAGGGUGAAAUUUAAUGCGAUUCUGGUAUAUGACUCUAAAAAUACAGACAAGGAAAACAAAAACAUGAGAUUCAUCAGUAUGUUGAAUGACAUUAUUUGUGUUAAUUAGAAAGAGGAUAAAGCAAUUUCUACAAAUUAAGUUCUGUGGAAUAAAUUGAUCAUUUUGUAAUGAGAUCAGUAAAAGCGCAUUACAGAAAAUAAAUCUUGUAAUAUUUGAGAUGUUUAGCUCCAAAGUAAGCAGUAUCCAUGAAUCUGCUCUAUGAGUCCACUUCAUGUGUGCUAGACAAUGGGUAACUACUUCUCAUAGGUAGAUUUCCACUGGAUAUUUUUUUGGUUUUUGCAAGAUGACCCAAGAAUACUUUCGUACUGUCUGAAUACUGCAAUAUAUCUUUGCAGUCUUUUGCCUGCCAUAAUGUGUGGUUUCUAAACAUUGCUAAUUAUUGAAAUGUUUUGUAAACCUAAAUAUACUUUCAGACAAUUGCAUUGCUGCAAGUAACUUUUGUCAUGUUUGUAAUGUGCAAUGAGCUUAGGGAUGUUCAUGACUUUACAGAGUAAUGACAAAUCAAUACCACAGUUUUACAGUUUAAACUGUUGAAAAUCUGUCCAUAAUU